UGAUGACGGACAAGCUCUCCUGCAAGCCUCUAAAUAUAAGAAGAGAGAGAGAGAGAGGUGGGAGCCUCAGUCACUGCUGAGCCUCGGAUCCUCCAGACUGUGGAUGUAGCGGACCAAGGUGGACUUGGAGCGUUUUUUACGCACGGAGUUUGCAGGAAAUACCGCAUCUCAUUCAUUUCAUCCUGUGCUCUUACUGUAAAAUAAGCUGUUGUUCUUCAGUUUUAGCAUUUUGGCGGUGCUGGUGGAUAUCAGUCUGUUUGAAAAAUAAUUUAAUUCAUCAGGAAAUAUGAUACUCAGGAGGAGUCUCCUCUUCUUGUUGCUCUCAUCCACAUUCCAUCACGUAACACCCCAAGAUGGAGACCAGGAAGAUGAAACAUCAUUUGACAUGUUUGAAAUCAGCCACAUCACACGCAGGACUCUGGGGGCCAAACAAUUCAGGGGCCAAUACUCCGAUCUCCCUGCCUACCGUUUCAUCCGCUUCGACCACCUGCCCCCAGUCAGUCCUCCUAUUCUAAAACAAAUACUACAGCAGAUCCAAAACAACGAGGGCUUUCUGUUCAUUGCCAGCAUCCGUCAGGAUCGCGCCUCAAGGGGCACCUUAAUAGGCCUGGAGAGCCCCGAUGGCCGGCGGCAGUUUGAGAUUGUCUCCAACGGACGUGCCAACACCCUGGACCUGGUGUACUGGGUGGACGGCUCCCAGAACGUGGUCUCGUUCGAGGACGUGGACCUGGCCGACUCGCAGUGGAAGAACAUCACACUUCACAUUCACGGGGAGAACGCAAACCUGUUUGUGGGUUGCAACCUGAUUGACAGCUUCAUCCUGGAUGAGCCCUUCUAUGAACGCCUGCAGGCAGAGGGGAGCCGAAUGUAUAUCGCAAAGGGAUCCACUCGGGAAAACCACUUUAGAGGCCUCCUUCAGAAUGUACGCUUCAUCUUUGAUACAUCAGUGGAAGACAUCCUCCUAAGCAGAGAUUGUGAAGUCACGAGACUGGAUGAUGACAAUGGCUUGAGAGAGAGCACAGAAAUUGUGGAUGUAAGUCCUUCCAUCACCACAAACAUCAUAGGUCAGAAGACAGACGACCUGAGUGCAGAAAUGUGCGCACGCUCCUGUGAAGAACUUAGCACCAUGUUCCAAGAGCUGAAAGGCCUGCGUGUUGUUGUCAGUAACCUUAUUGACGGUUUGCAAAAAGUGACAGAGGAGAACACAGUCAUGAAGGAGGCACUAGGGAGAAUCAAGGACACUAAAGAGAAAAACAUGUGCUGGCAGGACGGGCGCCUGUUUGAGGACAAAGAAGACUGGGUGGUGGACAGCUGCACUAAAUGUACCUGCCAGGAGUCCAAGAUAGUGUGCCACCAAAUUACGUGCCCUCCGGUGGCCUGUGCCAGCCCCUCUUUAAUAGAUGGAGAAUGCUGCCCCGUGUGCAUGCCCAAAGACAGUGAGGAUGGCUGGUCCCCCUGGUCAGAAUGGACGGAGUGCACGGUCACCUGUGGGAUAGGAACUCAACAGAGGGGUCGGUCAUGUGAUGCAACCAGCAACCCCUGCACCGGACCAUCUAUCCAGACCCGAAAGUGCAGCUUGGGAAAAUGUGACAGCCGUGUUCGGCAGGAUGGGGGAUGGAGUUUGUGGUCGCCAUGGUCUUCUUGCUCAGUGACCUGUGGAGAAGGACAGAUCACCAGAAUAAGGCACUGCAAUGCUCCUGUCCCACAGCUGGGCGGGAAAGACUGUGAAGGGAGCGGGAGAGAGACUCAGAGCUGCACUGCCAAGCCCUGUCCGAUUGAUGGGGGUUGGGGACCUUGGUCUCCAUGGGCAACCUGUUCUGUAACCUGCGGAGGUGGAAUCAAAAGUCGCUCGCGCGAGUGCAACAGUCCUCAACCUCAGCAUGGCGGCAAGAAGUGCAUUGGAGAAGCCACUGACAGCGACAGCUGCAACAAGGAAGACUGCCCAAUUGAUGGAUGCCUAUCUAACCCUUGCUUUGGUGGGGUUGACUGCAGCAGCUCUGCAGACGGGUCCUGGGAGUGUGGCCCGUGUCCUGCUGGUUUUCGUGGGAAUGGUACUCACUGUGAGGACAUUAAUGAGUGUGACAUGGUGUCUGAUGUUUGCUACAAAGUAAGUGGAACGCAGCGCUGCAUCAACACCGAUCCAGGUUUCCACUGCCUGCCCUGUCCCAAGCGCUACAAGGGCACCCAGCCUUUUGGUAUGGGCGUUGAGGCAGCGAGGAGAAACAAACAAGUAUGCGAGCCAGAGAAUCCAUGUAAAGACAAGACCCACAACUGUCACAAAUAUGCUGGAUGUAUAUACAUCAGCCACUUCAGUGACCCAAUGUACAAAUGUGAGUGUCGCACCGGCUACGCUGGAGAUGGCUUUAUUUGUUCAGAGGACUCAGACUUGGAUGGAUGGCCGAAUCAGAACCUGGUGUGCGGUGCGAACAGUACAUAUCACUGCAAGAAGGAUAACUGCCCUAACCUACCAAACUCUGGACAAGAGGACUUUGACAGGGAUGGACAAGGAGACGCUUGUGACAAGGAUGAUGACAAUGAUGGAAUUAUGGAUGAGCGAGAUAACUGUGCCCUCCUUUACAAUCCUCGCCAGUUUGACUUUGAUAAGGAUGAAGUUGGUGACCGCUGUGACAACUGUCCUUAUGAUCACAACCCUGCCCAAAUAGACACUGACAAUAAUGGUGAAGGGGAUGCCUGUGCUGUAGACAUUGAUGGAGAUGAAAUUCAGAAUGAGAAUGAUAACUGUCCCUAUGUGUACAACACUGACCAGAAGGAUACAGACAUGGAUGGGGUUGGUGACCAUUGUGACAAUUGCCCAUUGCUUCAUAAUCCCGACCAGACCGAUGUAGAUAAUGACCUGGUUGGAGACCAGUGUGAUAAUAAUCAGGACAUCGAUGAAGAUGGUCAUCAGAACAAUUUAGACAACUGUCCCUAUGUGGCCAAUGCCAACCAGGCAGACCAUGACAAGGAUGGAAAAGGAGACGCAUGUGACUAUGAUGAUGAUGACGAUGGUAUACCUGAUGACAAGGACAACUGCAGACUAACACCAAAUGCAGACCAAGAGGAUGCUGAUGGUGAUGGAAGAGGGGACGCGUGCAAAGACGAUUUUGACAAUGACAGCAUCCCAGAUAUCCUCGAUGUGUGUCCAGAGAACAAUGCCAUUAGUGUUACAGACUUCAGGAAGUUCCAGAUGGUCCACUUGGAUCCAAAGGGAACAACUCAAAUUGAUCCCAACUGGGUGGUCAGACACCAGGGAAAAGAAUUGGUUCAGACCGCCAACUCUGACCCAGGCAUUGCAGUUGGUUUUGAUGAGUUCAGUGCCGUGGACUUCAGUGGAACCAUGUACGUGAACACAGACAGAGAUGAUGACUAUGCUGGCUUUGUGUUCGGCUAUCAGUCAAGCGGACGCUUUUACGUUGUGAUGUGGAAGCAGAUCACACAGACUUACUGGGAGGACAAGCCAUCCAAAGCUUUUGGCAUCUCUGGCGUUUCACUGAAAGUUGUCAACUCAACCACAGGAACUGGAGAAAACCUCAGGAAUGCUCUGUGGCACACAGGAAACACCCCCGGACAGGUGCGCACUCUAUGGCAUGACCCCAAAAACAUUGGGUGGAAAGAUUACACAGCUUACCGGUGGCAUCUCAUCCAUAGACCUAAGACUGGCUUUAUAAGGGUUGUUGUAUAUGAAGGGAAACAGAUCAUGGCUGACUCAGGACCAGUUUAUGACAAGACAUUUGCCGGAGGCAGGUUAGGCCUGUUUGUCUUCUCACAAGAGUUGGUUUUCUUCUCCGACCUCAAGUAUGAGUGCAGAGAUAAACCGGAGUUACCAACAGUGUUCACAAGGUAA